GUGUAGCACCCGCAGAUGGCUCGCUAUCGCGCGUCUUGGGUUGCCUUCAUUAAAAAGAGGAAGAUUUUCCCGAGUUUCCUUUUCUGCUUUUUUUUAUUAUUUAUUUCUUUCUCGCGGGCGCUAGACAGUGGUCGGAUUGUGCGGUGGGACGCACAAUAGGGGUGGGUGCGGUUCGGCCGACCCCACCCAACCAUUCGGACGACCCUGUCGCACACACACAUGUCGGGGUAGAAGUCAGUUCGAGAAGUAAUCGGCCCGCCGCAAGAAGUCGAAUCCUUCCUUCCCUUCGUUCGCUUCGAACGCAAGCAGAUCAACCAUGCUUUCUUCUGUUGUUCUACUAUGGCUGUUUCUGAUAGCUGUAACUGCUGAAUCUUUCAAUUCUUUUCACAAAUACACACCGACCGAAAAGUCGGAUAUACCUUACGAAGACAGUCCAGUUCCCAAGCCUAGGAAACCUCCGACACACAUCAGCGAAUUCACCGAUCCCAAUACGGGAUUGAAUCCUUUUUUGGAUAUAGAGGAAGGUCCAACUUCGGCAGGAAGAAAUGUGAUGAAAGAUGAAAUAUUAGAAGACCGCCCCUUUCUUGGUUUCGAUUUAGUGGAAGGAGACGCACCGGAUCGUCGCCUGAACUUCGACACCCCCAAGGAAUCUUCAGAAGAUUCGUUUGUUCAUAGGUGGCCACCUUUCGAAGAUAACAUAGUCAAAGAUUUUCCCACAACGACUAUCAAAUACGUUUCUGAGACGCCUCCCACAACAACAGAUUCGUACGUAACCACAUUUGAUGAGCCUGUUUUUGACAUUGAACAACACACAGAUGGCCAGAAGAUUCAAAAAGCUGCUACAAGUUCUGCAAUUUCUAAAGACUCUCUGAUCUAUGCAUCGGCUACAGUGGCUGUGGUGGCGACUUUGGCGCUUUUAUUUGGCGUCUGUUGGUGGAGGAGAAAGUUGAAAAGGACUUCGCAGUCACCCAUUGCGGCUGAAAAUGGUGAACUGAAAUGCUAAUUUUUGUACACUGUGAAACAAACUAAAAAAAAUGGAUCGCAUUUUCAGUCUCUUCAGUACAGAUGUGAUAUAAUCCCCCUUUUCAUUUGGCGAAUCCAUCUCCAUCCACCCCCUUCCCUUUUUUUUUCUGCUUAAGUUGGCUGCUCAUAGGUCAUAGCAUAGGGUCUCUAUGACCUUUUUUGUCACCUAGCAUAUCAGCCAAACGGGAUUAUAUUGCAUCUAUUCCAGUCUUCAUCGAUGAAACAUCUCCAUUAGUAUUUAUUAGGAGACGAUGUACAAAAAGUGCAAUAAUGUCCAAAUGGAAUGUCUUUCAGAUUAAAUUUUGCAGUUACUUGAUGGGAUGAGAUUUUUCGAGUAAGAGGGACAGAAUGGACAAAUUAUUUCAAUUAUUUGUACAAAUGAAGAAUUUUUACUAAGCUAGUAAAUAAAAUGUUCGUAAGAAAGACGCAUUUUUUUUUUUUUUUUACUUAACAACCCUUUUUUUUUUAAUACAAAUUUAAAAAUAGUAUACAAAGAUCUAUUCAGGGUUGAUAAAUAAUUUUUCACAAUGGACAACAAAGUGUCAUUAAUGAAUGAGAGAAAAAAAAAGAAUUAAAAUAAUAAUAAAAAUUCUUUUAAAGUACAAGCAUUUAUUUUGUAAAGGAAUAAGUAGUUCGUUGCAAAUGCAUUUAAACAUCAAGUCAUUAAAUAUACAAAUAAUAAUAGAUUAGAUAUUUAUUUGUUUAUUCUGUUUGAUUUGAAUAUUUAAUAUUUUAAUUACUCAUUCAAUUUUAUUGAAACUGUAACGAUGAUUUUCUUUUCAUCCAAAUUUUUUUUCUCUAUUACACAUUAAUUCAUUAAUCUCUGCUGCGAUAGAAGUUCCAACUUCAAUUUUCAUCAGAAUCUGCCCCUAGAACAAGUCCUUCUAUCAUCAUCAUCAAUUAUCUUUCUUUUUACUUUCUUUCAUCAAUUAUCUUUUCUUCUAUUUCAACUCUUAGUUAAUAAAUACUACUUGAGUCUAGUACUAUAUACAUUAUUUUUUUUUCAUGUUUCUUUGUGCACAUAUUAAAGAUACGUUUGUCAAUGACGCAUUAUUUUGAAAACCACAAAGACUUAAAAAAUGUGACAAAAACUCAUUGGUACUUCGGAUUUUACAAAUAAUGUUACCAACAGGCGCAAAUUAAAGCGCAUUAACAAAAAAUCUGCAUCACAAAUCACUUAUAUACUGUAUAUUUUGUGUACGUUUCCAUGGUAUUGGAAAUAUGCAUUGUAUAUUAUUAAUC